UUUGGUUAAAAAAAAACAAAAAAAAAAACGAACAAGAAAGGGAAUUAAAUGUGUGUUUGGUAGAUCGAAAUAAUUGGCGCUUAUUCCACCGUUUCCCGCCUCCUGAAUCUCCAAAAUUUAUCAUCCUUCGACGAAAGAAGCCCUAACGCCUAAUGCCGCUGCCGACCGAGCUCCCGACUUGGGAGAUUCGCCCUGCCGCCGAUGGUCACUUCCAUUGGGCUGUCGCCUCCGGCUCCGAGGUAUCUUCCUUCCCAGCAGCUCCGCCUCCCAAAACCUUAGCUGGCGUCGACGACAGCGACCGUGGUACUCGCCUUCCUUCGUUGGCAGAUCUCUUGAUCCUAGCUCAUACGCAGAUUCCAGUAGGUGUUGAGGAUGACCAUGCGGACGGAGGUGGGUUGCCGAUUUUUCGUACGGCGUCAGGAAAAUCGGUUUUCGUGAGUGACAGUUCUAUAAAUAGAGCUAGGUCUGUUCUCGGUGAAGCUGACAGUAAUAGCAGAGGCAAUGAAGCUCAUUCAGAGGUUGGCAAUAAAGACAACGACUUCCAAUUGCUUUAUACUGGAUCUGGGAAGUCACUUGGUCUAAGAGAAUCUUCAAGUAAGAAAACAGCAGCUAUUAACGAAGGACAUUACAUAAGGGAGGGUAAUGAAGCACAUUCAAAUAAUUGUAUUAAAGAUAGUACCUUACCAAUCUUUGGUACUGCGUCUGGGAAAUCGGUCACCAUAAAAGAAUCUUCAAUUAGGAAAGCAGCAGCCAUCCUUGAAGGAAAGGAUGUGAAUGAUGGACAAUUACACGAGCAAGGUAACAGGACUUUCUUCAAUUCCAUGUUCCAGACAAGCUCGGGUAGAACUGUAAAUGUAUCUUCUUGUGGUCUCGCAAGAGCAACUACUUUAUUGGGCUUGGAAGAAGAUGACAAACUUUUUGCCUUAAAAGGUUUUGGAAGUGCACAAAAUCAGGAUUCUAUGAAGAACAUCAAGGGGGAAAGUUCACAUGGAAUUUCUUCUCGGAACAUUAGUUGUGUCACUACUAGCACACUCAUUAUUGAUCCUUCCAAUGCUAGAUUAGUUGAAAGAAGUCCAGAUAAUUUUUUAAAAGGUUAUUGCUCAGCUGGCAGUCAUUUAAAUAGUGGCCAAUUACAAAAUACCCUGGCACAUAAAAUAGAUUGUUCUAAUUUUACUCAGUCACCAGUUAAGUUCCAAACAGCUAGCGGAAGGUAUAUUUCAAUUUCCAAUGACGCGCUAAAUCGUGCAAGGAACCUUCUUGGGAACUCAGAUAUUGGAACUUUGGAGAACAGCAGACUCGAUCAGUGUUUGCCCUCCAAUUCGGGAAACAACAAUAAUCAUAAUGUAACUUUCUGUAACAAGGAGAACAUCUAUUAUCCUUGUUCUGAUUUAGAAUCAAUAAGCAAACCUGCAUCCAGAACCCCAUCUUCUAUUUUCAAGAGAAAGCAACCAUCAUCUGACACCUGGAAAGUUAAAUCUGAAGGUCAUGUGCUAGACCAGGGAAUUGACAGAAAUUUUUCAUUUGGAAAUGAUUAUUCUGGCAAGAAAGCUUGUAUCAAUAAAAAGCCUGAAAAAGAUAACUUCCAUUUAUCUAAUAACUCCAUUGUGAUGGAUGACAAUCCUCUGCAUGGACCUUUGGUUGAGAUAUCAAACAAUAGAUUUAGUAGCCGAAAGCUGCAACCUGGAAAAAUGAGUUCUGCCUCUCCAUUUAAAAGGCCACGAAAUUCCAGGUUUGCAACUCCCUUGAAGAACACUUCUUUGGCUACUGGUUUCUCCAAACUACCAACACAAAGUAGCUGCCACAGUCAGAUCUCUACUCAUUACCCGUGUCAUAAAAGAAAGAAUAUUAAAGACUUCUUUGGUAGUGCUCCAAGUCAUCAAUAUUUGCUGGAAUCCCUAUCUUCUGGAGUCAGCAGCAUGAAUGCAGAUAAUGCACUGAACUACAAGUUUCAAGAUGCAUCCAGUCAUGAUGGGAUUGGCAUAGAAGCUUUUCAGGAUAUGCUGCUUCAAUCUGGUGCAUCAUUAUCUAAUGCAACAAAAGAGUGGGUUACAAAUCAUUACAGAUGGAUUGUUUGGAAGCUUGCAUGUUAUGAGAGGUGCUAUCAUAAUCAAACUAAAAACAAGUUUUUUACAGUUCCCAAUGUUCUUGAGGAAUUGAAAUACAGGUAUGAAAGGGAAUUCAACCAUGGUCAUAGAUCAGCCAUUAAAAGAAUUUUAGAUGGAGAUGCAUCACCUUCAUCUAUGAUGAUUCUAUGUGUUUCAGCAAUCUGUUCUGGUCACCCUGAAAUAUCAAAGACCGAUGACAAAAAUUCUGGGUCUGAAGUUACUAAACAAAGUAACAACAUUAGCUCAACAUUAGAGAGAAGUAUUUAUGAUGCCAGAAUAGAGCUUACUGAUGGAUGGUAUUCUUUGUAUGCUUUGCUAGAUGUCCAGCUGUCAAAACAAAUUUUCACUGGAAAGUUGUUUGUUGGCCAAAAACUUCGGAUAUGGGGUGCUGGUUUAUUUGGUUGGGUUGGACCUGUUUCAUCUCUUGAGGCUUCAAAGACUGUUCAUCUGCUAAUGAACAUAAAUGGGACCUACAGGGCAGAUUGGGCUGAGAAGUUGGGAUUUUGCAAUUGUCGUGGUGCUCCUUUGUCUUUCAAUUGUAUUAAAGUUGGUGGUGGUAGAGUUCCUCGAACAUUGGUCGGAAUCACAAGGGUUUACCCCCUUCUAUAUAAGGAGAGGUUUUCUGAUGGUGGGUAUAUUGUAAGAUCAGAAAGGUUGGAAAGGAAGGCGCUUCAGCAAUACGAUCAGCGGAGAUGUAACAUUGCAGAGGCUAUUUUAGCUGAGCGAAUAGAUGUGGUUGCUGAUGUAGACAGCAAUGAUGAAGGGGCAAAACUCUACAAAAUACUUGAGACAACUGCUGAGCCUGAAGUCCUGAUGGCAGAUAUGACUCCACAGCAACUAAUUUCUUUCUCAGCUUAUCAGACAAAGCAAAAUGAGAUUAGGCAAUCAGACAUGGAAAAGAAGAUUGAGAAAACGUUAAAGGAUGCCGGUCUUUGUUCAAGAGAUGUUACACCCUUUAUGAGAGUGAAAGUGGCAGGUUUAACUAGUAAACACUCAUGCAAAAAAGGAAAGUUCAGGGAAGGUCUGAUAACAAUAUGGAAUCCAACUGAGGAUCAGAAGGUUGAUCUUGUAGAAGGAAAAAUAUAUGAUGUUGCAGGACUUCUGCCAAUGAACUUUUGUAUGAACGUUCUUUAUCUACAAGGUGGCGGAUCUUCUACAGGAUGGAAGAGUUUGCCUUUAACAGAGGCCAAGAAAUAUGAACCUUUCUUUAAACCUCGCAAAUCCAUCAGGCUGUCAAAUUUGGGUGCCAUACCUCUAACAAGUGAAUUUGAUAUUGCAGCACUAAUACUACAUGUCGGAGAUGUUUGCAUAUCUGGGCGUCGGAAGAAACAAUGGGUUUUUGUUUCAGAUGGAUGCACAUGCAACUCAACAUUACAAUAUCAAGAGCAACAUGAUUGUCUACUUGCUAUCAGUUUCCACUCUCUAUUUACAGGCAAUGAUUUGUCUGCAUUAUUCAGUCACCACCAUGAAGGAACGGUAGUUGGUUUUUUUAAUCUGGUCAAGCGAGCAAGAGACCAAUCAAAUCAUCUUUGGGUUGCAGAGGCAACUGAAAAUUCUACCUUUUCUGCAUGUUAUAAUCUUUCUAGUAAUUGUCAUCUGAAGGCAGAUGCAACAUUUGCUCAGAAAUGGGCAAAAUUAUCUUCCUCAAUCAUUCAGGAGCUGAAAGAGAGAAUUCUAUAUAUAGUUGGACAUGAUCGAGUGUGAAUCUUGGGUUUUCUAGCUAACCAAUCAACCGUUUUGCUAGGUUAUAUGGUUUAAAAUCGCUGGAGUUUAGGGGCAAAAGAUGGGAAUUGCUAAUUUUGUUUUGGCAGCGGAGCUAGUCGUAAGUGUUAAUAUUUCUCCCAAUUUAGAAUUUGCCCACUUCCAAACUAAAUGGCAGGGUGCCCGUCGAAAUACUGGCGGGCAAUUUGUUGUUCAAGAAUGUAUUUAUAUAAUUAGUAAGCUCUUGACGUUAUCAUCCUUCAGUGCUUUGGUUUGUUGGUCCAUUACAUUUCCAACAAGUGCCUUGAAAUAGUUGGCAUUUCUGAACUAUUUGCUUCUUAAA